AUGCUUUGGACAGGAGUAUACUUGUUGCGUUACGAUAAUACAUUUCCAGAUUUUCUUUCAGUAUUUACUAUGGAUGCAGAAGAUGUUCUAAAAGAAAAUAGUGGAAAACUUCGCAAAGAAUUAGAAGCAAAAGUUCUUUUACGUGAAAUAGACAUCAUCUUUUCUCCCUCGACAGCUCAAGAAAUAGCGUGCACCAUAGAUCGCGAUGGAAGUAUAGCUGCUGUUGACAUGAUUUUAAAAAAAAUGCCACUGAGAGACAACUGGGUGGAGGUUUUCUAUAGUGCAUUAAAUGGAAAAGUUAUCAACAAGCCAAAACUUGCUCAACUAUUUGAGCCAUUCAUAUAUAAAGACAGAAACUUUGAAGAACGUCUGCGUUUCUCUUUGGAAACUUGUUUAAAGGACAUCCCAUAUUUCCAGACACUGAAAGAUUUGCAUCCAGAUGAGCCACAAAACUGGGAAUAUUACAUACAAAAAAAUGAUCUUCCUUCCAAGGCAACACUCAAUGAUUUCAUGGAUAAUAUAUAUAUAAGAAACAAAGACACUUAUGAACAAAUAAAAAAAGAGAUCAAAAUAAAACACUCUUUUAUCCGACAGGCCACAAGAGAGGGUGACGUCACUGACCAAAAGUCCCUUCCAGUGUCUGAAGUGUCACUUGAUACUGAUUCUGUCCCUACCCCAUCCACUGCUGCUAAAGUUACACCCUCCAAACCCAUCGACAAAUGUCCACCUGUAGAGUCCAACAGAAAAAAUUCAACCCUUACCCCCGCCAGCUCCAAUUUCCAGCAGUCCUAUCUUCCACCUAUGCGUGAGGUGAUUUAUCAACAGGAGAAAGCCUUCAACAAUGUCGUUCUCAGUGAAGCGCAAGACAUCAGUACAAAAUCUGUUCCGACUACUUUUGCUCCUUCCCAUUCUGUUACGGUGGACAAGGGCUCAACCAUAUCGCUUCCUGUCAUACCAGCAUCUGGAAGUAGAAAAUUUGAUGAAAGCAAGAAUGUUGUUUCCGAGGUUGAAGACAGAGGACCCAAUAACAGCAGCAGGAGCAGUGAAACUAGCUCCCUAACAGAGAAUAAUGAGGAGAAUGCUUUCACAUUUCGAAACUUAAGUAUUCUUGUCUUAGCAAUAGCACUCGGUUUUUGCUUAGGCACCUAUUACAGUAGGAAAUAA